GCUCGACGACCUCGCGACGAUGCGGCGACAGUGCCGCACGAACUGCCGUGGCGAACGGUGCUCGCGGUGACCGCGCCUAGGUACACCUACCGUUCACCUGUUUACAUUCGCAAUUAACUCGCUUAUUGACACGUACACACAAUCGCGCGCUCGUUUCGCUUUCGAUUUUCCUUCCUACGCCUGAGAAAGAGAGAGAGGCGUCGGCAGUAAAAGUCCGUUUCAGCCGCACCCUGCGAACUUGCGAGUGACGUCUUCUGGAUCCUCGGAUUAUCUCCUCUUCGUGGCGGGCGUCUCUCUGUGGAUCGCAUCGUUGCACGUCGACAACCUCCGCACGAUGUCCGUGCCGCUAUUGCUACUGACGUCGCUCUUGGCCUCCUCGGGCGUCCACCACGUGCUCGCACGCGACGUCGACUACUGUUUCGCUUAUGAGGAUGAUCCGUACCUCUACAUGGCCACCAAGACGGCCUACCACUUCGUCCACGGUGGCAAGACUCGAUUCCAGACGGUGCCGAAUUGCCGGCCGGUGCAGAUGUGGAUGUUAGCUGCGUAUGGCACUCGCUGCCCAACCCUCCACGAGAUCGACGAGAUUAACGCCCUGACCGAUCUUAGAGAGCAGAUAGUGCACAAUCACGAAACGCGCAACGAGGGUCGCAUGUGCAACCAGGACUUGGACAACAUCAAGAGAUGGCAGACGAACGAAUACCUGAGGCCGGUGCGGGCGAAGGCGUUGACGCCGCAGGGAGUCGAAGACAUGAGGCUCUUGGCGAGAAGAUUGCAGAGCAACUUCCCGGAGUUACUGCAGCCCGUCUUCGGCAACAUAUCGUCCAGGAAUUACAAGUUUCGGGCCACCGAGGCGCAACGCAGCAUGGAAUCCUUCAUGGAAGGACUCUUCGGGAGCAGGGACGCUGUGAUCCCCGAGGAGACAACUCUGAACGACACUCUGCUGAAUGCAUACAAGACGUGCGGUGUGUGGGAGAACGACGCUCACGAGCAAUCAUACGAAAGUACGGAGCGCGACCUGUUCACCGCUGGACCACUAUUUCAGAAUCUCGUGCAUAACGUCAGCCAACGGCUGGGAUUUCUCUAUGAUAUCUCCGUUGACAAAAUCGAUGUUAUGUACGAUGCGUGUCGAUACGAGAAGGCUUGGACGGUCACCAAACUGUCGCCUUGGUGUGCAGUCUUUAGCAAGGAAGAACUUCGAAUUCUGGAGUACAGGGAGGACCUUGAUUACUACUACAAAGCAGGCUACGGACGUGAUAUUAACACUCGUCUGGGAUGCCCGUUGUUGCACGAUAUGAUGCAACAUUUUUGGAAUGUAGCACGCGACGAAAUGUCGAACGAGCCCCUGGGCAUCUUCUACUUCAGCGACAUUAUCAGUCUGCAAAAUCUCUUGACCACAAUUGGCAUAAAUGAAGAUCAGACACGAUUAACCGCCUUCAACUACAAGGAUAUGGCCCAACGACAGUGGAGAACCUCUUUAAUAUCCUCUUUUGCUGCGAAUCUAAUUGCAGUAUUUUACAAGUGUAACGACAGUAGAGAGAGCAAUAAAGUAAUGUUUUACCUGGCGGAGAAACCAAUACAAUAUGAAAGUUGUAUGGUAGGACUCUGCGACUGGGAAUUUUUGAAGAGCAAAUUUGGAGAACUGGCGUCCAAUUGCAAGCUGGAUGUCUGUUGGGGAACGAACGGUGCACCUCCCAAUCCCCUACCUCUGAAUUCCACAGCUAUUCUACUUGUCUGCUUCGUUCUAGUCUACCUUGGCUAUCGACUGUAAAUAAGUUAAUCUUAUUUAUUUUAACUGUACUAAAGUCUUUAUUUCAAUUGUACUAAACGCAGAAUUGUAAAAUACUGAACACAAUAUUGUAGAGAAUUAAGACAUUAAGUUAUAGAUGACUGUUCAUUCUUGAUUCUGUAUAAAUGAACAUUGCGACUCUACAUACCAAUGUUAAGCAAAAUAUAUUUACAAGUGUAAUAAUUUCGAGUAUAUAUCCGCGGCUAUAUAACUAUUAUUAAUUAAUAUUGUAAUAACUGUACUCUCGGUGACGAUUAAUAUUCACGAAAGUUACUGAUUUUGCAUUCGUAAAUAAAGAUUAUAAGUCUAA